AUGCCUUUUCACGACCUUAACGUGGUGUACACUCCUAACCAUGUAGACCUCUCUCAUACACUCGCCUUUCAUGCCGAACUGGGCUAUUCAGUGGUCGCUAUUUCUGUCUCCGUCACAGGGAAACUGCCCCCAACACCUCAGUCUAUCCCUUUGUCCUCAAUCACCAUUCCAGCAAGUAUCAACACAGUCCUCACGCGACUGACGCUCACCAUCUCAGACGCCACCCAGAACCACCGCCUCUCUCAGUUCUCGCCGGCAUAUUCUUUGCUCGCCCUUCGCCCCACGACAGACAAGACACUUCAACUCUGCUGUACAUCCCUUGAGUGCGAUCUGAUAUCUCUCGACUUCUCCCAACGACUAUCCUUCCCGUUGAAAUUCAAAACCAUUUCCGGGGCACUACAGCGUGGGAUUCGUUUUGAGAUAUGCUACUCCCCUGCGGUUCAGGCAGCAGGAAACAAUGAGGCGAGGAGAAAUUUGAUCAGUGGUGCAACAGCCUUGAUUCGGGCAACAAGAGGCAAGGGGAUCAUCUUGAGCAGUGAAGCCAAAAAUGCCUUGGGAGUGAGAGGACCCCAUGACGUGAUCAACUUGGCGAUGAUAUGGGGGCUGGGACAAGAGCGAGGAAAGGAAGCAUUGUGUGAAGAAGCCGGAAAGGUCGUGAGAUUAGCCCGUGUGAAACGGACAAGUUUUCGAGGUGUGAUCGAUGUCGUUGACGGGGCUGGCAAAGCCUCAGCCGCUAUCAGGGCCGGAGGGGAGAGCAAGGAGACCAGUACGCGACAUGAAGCUGUUCAUAACCAAAGGGCAAAGGGAAAGGAGCAGGAAACGACCGUCAAUGGAUUGAAACGGAAGGCGUCCGAGUCGAUCCUUGUGCCUUCUGCGGAUCAGGACAAUCGGCUCCCAGCAGAGGAAAAACCACUUUCAAAGCGCGAGAUCAAAAGGAGAGCAAAAAAGGCGAGAAUGGAAGGUGGUGAUGGUAGUAAGGCAGGGCCCGACGACGCGAAUAUACUCCGCGUCCAGGAUACCCCUGCGUUAGAUUUUCCUAUCAAACACGAAGCACUUUCUGAUAAGAAAGUGUCGCCCAAAAGCUGA